AUGGUUGAUAAUACAUUUGAAGGACUUUUCAAACGAAUAAAUGAUCUUGAAUUAAUCCUCUUAGAUGAUAACAAUAAUAAAGUAAACAAUAUUGGUGAUCAUAAUGACGACAAAACAAUAUCAUCACAAAUUAACCAAUUGAAAUCACAAUUAUCUAAAUUAUAUCAACAAUAUCCUGAAUUUCAAAAAUUGAAUAAUAUCAAUUCGCAAUUGAAAAUAUGGAAUAAAUUACACCUUAAUACUUCGACAGCCACAACCACAACCACUACCACGCCUAUCGAUAAAGAAACAAAAUUAGAGUUUUUAAAUCUACUUUAUGAUGAUCUUAUCAAUACUGACAAUUAUGAAAAGAUGAUAAGUAUAAUAAAUUUUCAAUAUGAAUCAAUUAUAAAUGGUAUUAAUAAUAAUUAUUUAUUAUCGUCGGGUUCAAUCAAUGAUACUAGUGAAUUGUUAGCUAAACGAAAGCAGUUGAAUCAAAUUAUGAAAAUCCAUCAAGCAUUAAUAAUUAAAUCAAUGAUUGUAUUAGAACGAUAUAUUCAAUGUACAAUAAGACAAAAUAAAUUUUGGAUUGAUAUUGAUGAUCAAUUGGUGAAAAUUAAUGCCAAAAUUAAACAAUUAGAAUUAUCAAAACUACAAGCCAAUAAAUAUUAA